AGAGAGAGAGAUGAAACCUUGCUCUGAGGCUCAGCAUCUCACGAUACUGCAGAUCGAGUGAAGAGGGGUGAGAGAAAACCGAAGGAGGGGGAGGAAGAAAAAGAUAGAGGGAGAUUAGAAAUAGUCUCACACAUACAACACAACACAAGACCACACACUCUUCAGGAAUUUCUCUUUCUUUCUCUCUCUCUCUCUCUCGCUGUCUCUCUCUCGUCCUUUAUUUCUCCCUGCCGUUUCUUUUCAACGCACUUUUGAAUUCCUCUCGUUCCCUUUUUUUCUCUCUCUCUCUCUCUCUCUCUCUCUCUCUCUCUCUCUCUCUCUCUCUUUUUCUAUUGUAACUCGGUUGCUGAGGCUGAAUCCGGAUGAAGGCUGAAUAGACGCAUCAUCCCUCGUAUCUCUCGUUCUUUUGCCACCUGUGCGCCGGAGUUCAGAAGUUUCACACUUUAAAGAGCUAGAUGACCGUGCAGAAGGGAAAGAGGAUGACCAUCUCCAUCCAGGAGCACAUGGCGAUUAACGUCUGCCCCGGCCCCAUUAGGCCCAUCAGGCAAAUCUCCGCCUACUUUCCCCGCCUGUCCCCUACAUCCUCUGUCUGUGAUUCGCUGUCUCCGAAUCAGGCAGGGUCUAUAGCACCAGUGGCUGGAGGAGGAGCAUCAGGGGGAGGGGGACUCUUGUCUCCGCUGUCUCCAGGGAUAGCAGGGGGUGGAGGGACACUGUCAAUGAUGAACAGUAUGGAAACAUCUGUAGAGAUUGACAGCUGUGACAGUGAUGAUAACACUUCUUUAGGCACCCUAGAGUUUGACCUGCUCUAUGAAUCAUCAUCAAGUUCCCUGCAUUGCACCGUCCUCAAAGCGAAGGGUCUGAAGCCCAUGGACUUUAAUGGUUUAGCUGACCCUUAUGUGAAGCUCCACCUGCUCCCUGGUGCCUGCAAGGCAAACAAGCUGAAGACCAAGAUUGUGAAGAACACCCUGAACCCUGUGUGGAAUGAAACUCUUACCUACUUGGGUAUCACGGAGGAGGACAUGUACCGAAAAACACUCAGAUUGUCAGUUUAUCCGUGCGAUGAGGACAAGCUGACGCAUAACGAGUUCAUCGGAGAGUCACGCGUGGCAUUGCGGCGAGUCAAACCUGACCAACCCAAGCACUUCAACGUCUGCCUGGAACAUCCACCUCCUCUGGCGUCACCUACUGCUAUGACCACGGCACUGCGUGGGAUCUCCUGUUACCUACGUGAGUGGGAGAGCGAGCAGCAGCGCAGUUUGGAAGAGCGGGGCCGCUUGCUGCUGUGCCUUCAGUUCCUGCCCCCGGCUCAUCCUCCUGAAGGGGGCGAUGUUCCGCCAGAAGCUAAAGAAAGAGCGAAGGGAGGUUUGUGUGUUGGCGUCCGACGCUGCGCUCAUCUAGCCGCCAUGGACGUCAACGGACUGUCCGACCCCUACGUCAAAACGUACCUCAAGCCUGACGUGAAGAAGAAAUCCAAGCACAAGACGUCUGUGAUUAAAAAAACACUGAACCCUGAGUUUAAUGAGGAGUUUUUCUACGAGAUUACGCUUAACGACUUGGCGACUAAAACGCUGGAGGUGAGCGUGUGGGAUUACGACUUGGGAAAGUCCAACGACUUCAUCGGGGGCGUGUCCCUGGGCUGUCAGUCACAAGGCGACGCCUUGCAGCACUGGAUCGACUGCUUGAAAAACAAAGGCCAGAAGGUGGAGCGCUGGCACACCCUGACCAAUGAUCUGCCUGGGUCCACGUUCUAAGAAGCAAAAUGGCCACCCUUUUUUGUCUCACUUUACCAAUUAGAUCCGAUUGGUUGCUUUUCCUGGCCACUUAGUGGUAGAGGAUUAUGGGUAACCAAGGUGCGGCGACGCUGGGACGAGUUCCGACCGUCGGCGCAGAUGUCCCAUUUUUGACAUGGAGGAACUCGAUGCGAUGCUUGGGAGCAAUUCUCUAUUUCUCGGAUCUUCGGGUUUUUAUUUGAUGCACGUUACCGCUUUGACAACUAAAGGUUUAAAAAUGUGUGUUUUAUUUUCAAUGCAAUCAUUUCUCCUGCAAUAACACAUUUUUUUUAUGAUGCUUCCAUAGAAUACCUUCAGAAGUGGUCUUGAAUUGAAAAAAAUACUAAAUCGGAUUUUCUUUUUCAUUACGCUGCUGAUUUUUAACCGAUGUCCUCGUGAACUGUCUGUUUAUGUGCAUUGUUUUUGUUGUUGUUGUUGAUCGGCAUGCUCGAUGUUUACAGUAUGGCUCCUCCUUCUUCUGGAACCUCCUUCCGUGAACGUGACGUGUUUUAUGAAGAAUUUUCUGAUAUGCAGGUGUUUGCUAGAAUUGUGUUUACUUACUUCCUGCUUCCUGUCUGUGUUUAUUUAGAGGUGCGCUCUGUGAUUUGAGGAUCAUCCUGCCGGCCUCAGCUUGAGAAAAAAACUAGUUAUGCUAAAUUAGGAAACUCAAACAAGACUAGCUAGGUCAGACAAGAACUUAGAAUACAAUUGAAAACCAACUCUUUUGUAACUCUACACCAUGAAAGAAAAAUCGAUUCAACUUUAAAUUUGUCAUUACUAAAGAGUUUAUUUGGCUAGCUAUGUAGUUUAUUUAGCUAGCUAUGUUUAUGUUGGUCAGGUAAUUCAUUCAACAGGGCUGUACCGACUUAUUUACCACACGAAAUAAACACUGUUCCUAUUUUUCGCCCGGUUUUCCACACAGUUGUGUCAUGUAUUAGCAUUUUCAUCGUUCAGUUCUGAAUCUGUUAAAGAUCAGAUGGCGCAAAAGUAGCGAACGUUUUUGUUGGCAUGAAAUUGUACCGCACCUUAUUUGAUGUGGUAAAAACAAAACAAGAUCUAACUGAUGGACACUUUUAGGGGCAAACAGUGAACAAAAGAAAAAUGUAGCAAUACCAACCUUCUUUCACAUGAGCGUUUCAUCGAAGCAGAAUUUUCUCACAGGAAUGAAUAAAACACUGCAAUAUAUUUGAAUCGGAAGCACGUAUAAUGUUUCGCUGUGGAGAUUUCCUUUAAUGGCUAGCAAAGAUGGAGAGCAAAUUAGCCUCAAAAAAGGACCGGAGUUCAUGCUAGCUCAUGUUAACUGGUGUAUUGUAUUUCAGUGAGGUAAAGGAUAGGAUAAGAUGCAAGUGUAAAAUCACAGAGCUCCUCUUUAGCAUUUUUUUUAGCUCCAGUGUUUAAUUCUGCAAAGAAUAUACAGUAUUUCAAGUUUUAAACCGCUAUUCCUUUUACGGACUGGUUGUACAGUUUCAUUUUUAUCUGUUUAUUCAUUUGACUUUUAUCUGGGAGUUGGACUUUUGUGAAUGGAGCAUGCUAAUAAUAAAUCAAUGUGUCUGUGUGUGUUUUAACGAUCUUAACCUAGAGGAGAGGAAGAAACCUGUGAACAAUGUGAUGCACUACUGUACACUGGUUGUUCUUCACUGUGUCUUGAAUGAUGCAUCAAUAUUGCUCUGACAUGGGACUUGUUAUAUAAAUUUGAAAGUUUUUUUUUUGUUUUGGAAAAUAAAUGGAUAUUUGCUUCGA